UUUAACACUGACUCUUACAAAACCUUUUGUUUCAAAUUUUUCCCUCCUUCCCCCCACCCUCUUCCCUAGCUGGUAGGUAGUCCAAUACAUGUUAAAUAUGUUAAAAUAUAUAUUAAAUCCAAUAUAUGUAUACAUAUUUAUACAGUUAUCUUGCUGCAAAAGAAAAAUCAGAUCAAGAAGGAAGAAAAAAAACUGAGAAAGAAAACAAAAUGUAAGCAAACAACAGAGAGAGUGAGAUUGUUAUGUUAUGGUCCACACUCAGUUCCACAGUUCUCUCUCUGGGUAUAUACAAAUGACUUUCUUCAUCCCUGAAUAAGUGGCACUGGUUUAUUCUCAUUAAUGAAGAGUAUUUGGAUAUUUCUAACCCCAUAAAAGUAAAGCCCAGAUUAGAGAUCCCAGGUUCUAAUAAACGGUUCCAUAAAAUGGAGAAACACUUGGAUUCCAAUUCAGACCUUGACACUAUUUGUGUGAUUUGAACAAAUCACUUCUCUUCCGAGUUCCUUUUUCUGGUCUGUAUAAUGGGGUAAUCUAAUGAUAAAUUUGCUUACUUCGUGGAGUUGUGAGAAAGAUGCUUUGUAAAUCGUACAAUGUCACAUAAUUGUGAGCUGGAGUGAUUAUAAUUAGAUAUUUUAGGGGUUAUUAUUUAAUGCCCCUUUGUAAAUUCCCAUCCGUGUCAGGCUGCUUGUGAAGAAACUUGCUGCCUCAGUUUCCCUAUGAAUAAAUCCGUGAUGAGAAACAAUUUCCCUCAGUCCCUCUCCUUUGGUCCAGUACUGGCACAUACCGGCUUGGAGAAACUGAAGAUGUGAGCAAUGAGUUAACACAGAACUAAGGGGGCUGAAAUCUAGUAUCCUGCUUAGGCUAAAUUGCAGCGUGGGUGGAGGUGAAGCUGUGUCCCUGGGCUGGGGACCAGCUGAAGGGGAACUGCCGCAGUUGCAUUUCCUCUUUCGUGUUUCCACAUUUCACAUUUAUUCCAUCCAAGAUGCCAACAUUCGCAAACGGGAGGAAGGACGGUCAGGGAACGCCAGAGCUAGCGGGCAUCUGGGAAGGGGAUUCCCAACCUUUGGUACAAGGUGGAAGAGGAGAAAAGGAGGAAGAGUAACCUUUGUACGAUGAGCAGGCCAAUUCGGAGGAGUUGAUGGAUUCUGUCCGAAUUCUUCCAUGCCUUAUCUCUUCCUUCUCUGCGUCCCAAACCUUGACUAAGAGUAGUGCCAAGGGAGGCAUUCUUGUGAGGGUCUCGGGUCUUUAGGAGCAACGGGGCCUUAAGGGGUGCCAGAAAAGACGAGGGGCAGGGUCCGGAAAGAUCUUGAGACACUCCAACCUUCCUACUCCCUUCUUUGCAGGAGCAUCUCUAAACUGGCCACCCACAGGCUCAAACCUCUCGUAACUUUCUCCUUUUGCUACGAAAACCGGAGACUAGAAGGAGGGAGAGAAGGAAAGAGGUGAAGAAAAGAGAGGGAGGAGCUCCGCGCGCGCGCCCGGUUGAGUGUGAGUGAGAGGAAGGGAGCGCGCUCUCUACAGUCCGCCGGGCGCGCGUUCCCUUCCGCGCCGGUUCUGCGGGAACGCGUAGCCUGCAUUCGCUCCAGCUGUAGUUAGUCUGCACCUCGGCGCCGGAGAGGAGCAGAGCUGAGCCGGGCGGAGCGGACGGGAGAACAGAGGACAGGACCGGAGAGAAGCGCCGCGGAGUAGACUCUGGGGCAGCCGGAGAAGAAAGUCGAGCCAGCUUCUCCCCAGAGCCAGCGCUGGAGCGCGGGGAGAGCGAGCCAGCCGGGCAAACAAAGGAGCAGCAGCCGGCGGCGGCGGGGGGCUGCCGGGCGGGCACUGGGAGAGGGAGGACGGGACUCUUUGUCUUCUGAAGGGGACACUUCCUAGAGAGAGAGCUGCAAGAAGGAACCGCCUGGAGCCGCAUCUGUGUGCGACUCGGAGGGUCGGGCGGGCAGAGAAUGCGGCGCUCUUGGCCGGUUCCGGAGCUCAGCGCGUCUCGGACAGCAGCGGGCGCGGGCAGCUGAACCUCCCCCAAGCCCCAGACUUGUGUGUGUGAAGGGAGGACCCGGCUUGGGCCGAAGAGUCUGGGGACUUUCUCUUGGCUUUCCAAACCCUAGCUUGGGACUGCGAGACUCGAGCUUCUCGCGCCAGAGGGAUUCGACACACGUGGAAAUCUCGGGGGACGCGACCCUGCAGUGGUGCGGAGGGAGAGUGGUCGCUUCUGCCAAGUCUGCUGCCUCCGGGGAACUCCCCUGGAUCGCCUCGCCCCCCGCCCACAGGCAGCGCCUGGACUUGAAGCCUCUUCGCCCGAGAGGAGAUCGACUGGGGGCGGAUGCUGGUGGGGAAGAGCCGAACCACUUCGCGGGAGGACUAAGUCUCCUGAAAAAGAAGAGAAUCAGACGGCCACCUCCUCCUGCUCUCUGUCCCUCUUCUUUUUUUUCUUGGGAGACAACCCGGAGUUCGGGAGAUAUGGCCGGGGUCAUGUACACUUUCCUUUCUCCGGGCCCGAGAGAUUCAUCUUGAGCCCUAAGUUGAGUCGAGCCGGACUCUGAGGCGUUGUACCCGUGGGAGCGGGCACUGACUGUUGCGUUCCCUCAACGCCGGGCUCUGGGUCAGAGGCAGGGGAAGCCGGCUGGCUUCGGCGGGCGCGUCGGGCGCCGCCACCAUGGAGGAGUGGCGGCAGUGCGGCCGCUGGCUCAUUGACUGCAAAGUCCUGCCCCCCAACCACAGGGUGGUGUGGCCCUCGGCGGUGGUCUUUGACUUGGCCCAAGCGCUGAGGGAUGGGGUACUUUUGUGUCAGCUGCUACACAACCUCUCACCUGGAUCUAUAGACCUCAAAGACAUCAACUUCAGGCCACAGAUGUCCCAGUUUUUGUGUCUGAAGAACAUUCGAACCUUCUUGAAAGUCUGCCAUGAUAAGUUUGGGUUGCGGAACAGUGAGCUGUUCGAUCCUUUUGACCUGUUUGAUGUCCGAGAUUUUGGGAAGGUCAUCUCUGCAGUGUCUAGACUCUCUCUGCACAGUAUUGCACAGAACAAAGGAAUUAGGCCCUUCCCCUCAGAAGAGACCACAGAGAAUGAUGAUGAUGUAUAUCGGAGUUUGGAGGAGUUGGCUGACGAACAUGAUCUGGGUGAGGAUAUCUAUGAUUGUGUCCCGUGUGAAGAUGAAGGUGAUGAUAUCUAUGAGGAUAUUAUUAAAGUGGAAGUCCAACAGCCUAUGAAAAUGGGAAUGACAGAAGAUGACAAAAGAAAUUGCUGCUUGCUAGAAAUUCAGGAAACAGAAGCCAAAUACUACAGGACUCUUGAAGACAUUGAAAAGAACUACAUGAAUCCUCUGAAGCUGGUGCUGAGCCCUCUGGACAUGACGGCCAUCUUUAUCAACUUGGAGGACUUAAUUAAAGUGCAUAACAGCUUCCUAAGGGCCAUUGAUGUAUCGAUGAUGGCUGGUGGAAGCAGCCUGGCCAAAGUCUUUCUAGAAUUCAAAGAAAGGCUACUGAUCUAUGGGGAAUACUGCAGCCACAUGGAGUAUGCCCAGAACACUCUAAACCAUCUUAUUGCCAAUAGAGAAGAUUUUAGACAAAAAGUAGAGGAAUGCACCUUGAAAGUCCAAGAUGGGAAGUUUAAACUGCAAGAUCUGCUAGUAGUGCCAAUGCAACGGGUUCUGAAAUAUCACCUCCUCCUGAAGGAACUCCUCAGUCACUCUGCGGAUCGUCCAGAAAGACAGCAGCUCAAAGAAGCACUGGAAGCCAUGCAGGACUUGGCGAUGUACAUAAAUGAAGUCAAACGGGACAAAGAAACCUUAAAGAAAAUCAGUGAAUUUCAGAGUUCUAUAGAAAAUUUGCAAGUUAAACUGGAAGAAUUUGGGAGGCCAAAGAUUGAUGGAGAAUUAAAAGUCCGAUCCAUUGUAAACCAUACCAAACAAGAUAGGUAUUUAUUUUUAUUUGAUAAAGUGGUGAUUGUCUGUAAAAGGAAAGGCUACAAUUACGAGCUGAAGGAGAUCAUCGAGUUGCUCUUUCACAAAAUGACAGAUGAUCCAAUGAACAAUAAAGACAUCAAGAAGUGGUCUUAUGGAUUCUACUUAAUUCACCUACAAGGAAAGCAGGGCUUCCAGUUUUUCUGCAAGACCGAAGACAUGAAAAGAAAAUGGAUGGAGCAGUUUGAAAUGGCAAUGUCAAAUAUUAAACCAGAGAAGGCCAAUGCAAACCAUCACAACUUCCAGAUGUACACAUUCGACAAGACAACCAACUGCAAAGCAUGCAAGAUGUUUUUAAGAGGGACUUUCUAUCAAGGUUAUCUUUGCACUAAAUGUGGGGUUGGAGCACAUAAGGAAUGCUUAGAAGUUAUUCCACCCUGCAAAAUAAGGCCCAUUGGAUACAUAUGUCUACCUAAAUAUAUCUGCAACUGUUCUCCUGUAGACCCGGAUGCACUAAAUACAGGAGCUGGUCCUAAAAUGGUGGCAGUGCAGAAUUACCACGGUAUUCCAGCUCCUCCUGGGAAGCCGGUGUUGACAUUCCAAACGGGCGAUGUGAUCGAACUGCUGCGAGGUGACCCUGAGUCUCAGUGGUGGGAAGGAAGGUUAAUACAGACCAAGAAGUCGGGGUAUUUCCCUAGUUCAUCUGUGAAGCCUUGCCCUGUGGAUGGACGGCCUCCAAGCAGUAGGCCCCUAUCCAGAGAAAUAGACUAUACCACAUAUCCUUGGUUUGCAGGCAAUAUGGAACGACAACAGACUGACAACUUGUUAAAAUCCCAUGCAAGUGGGACAUACUUGAUCCGAGAAAGACCUGCGGAGGCGGAGCGAUUUGCAAUAAGCAUAAAGUUCAAUGAUGAAGUGAAACACAUUAAGGUGGUGGAGAAAGACAACUGGAUUCAUAUCACGGAAGCAAAGAAGUUUGAAAGCCUAUUGGAGUUGGUAGAAUAUUACCAAUGCCACUCACUCAAGGAGAGUUUUAAACAACUGGACACCACCCUCAAGUACCCUUACAAAUCUCGAGACCGCUCAGCCUCAAGAGCUUCUACCCGCUCACCAGCUUCCUGUGCUUCCUACAACUUUUCUUUUCUCAGUCCUCAGGGCCUCGGCUUUGCCUCUCAGAGCUCCUCCACACCCUUCUGGUCAGUGUUUACUCCCCGUGUCAUUGGCACGGCUGUGGCCAGGUACAACUUUGCAGCCAGGGACAUGCGGGAGCUCUCACUUCGAGAAGGAGACGUGGUGAAGAUCUACAGCAGGAUUGGUGGCGACCAGGGCUGGUGGAAGGGAGAGACCAAUGGAAGGAUCGGCUGGUUCCCAUCAACUUAUGUGGAAGAAGAGGGUGUGCAGUGACAGCUGGAUCUCAGGCUGAGCCCGUGGAUUCUCCCAGAAGAGUCUCUCUAUAGUGGAUGAAACCCUCUAGUUAAUUCAGAGGGAAAUGUCCUCCAAGCUUCCAGUAUUAAACAGCCUGAAGGGGUGGGAAGGGUUGGGGGGAGGGGGACAAGAUACUAAAUGCAAACCAUUUGCAAAUCAGUCAUCUGCCCUUGGUGACCCAUCCGGGACUUGUAUAUAAAACUUAACAGUGUAUCUCAGAUUACAUUGCUACAGUAUUACCCACCAUCCCAGAGAGGUAAAACACAGAACCUUUCUGAGCCCAGAGAUGAGACUGUUGGAAGUUGAUUGUUAGCCAUUACCAGGCUUGCUGUUCUGGAGGAGCACCUAGGAUGGAGGAAGACCCACUGCUCUCUUGGGGAUGGUGUUUGGGUGGAAGGGCAGUGGGGGAAAAUACCUGAAAUGAGGACUGGCUGAAAAUGCCCAUCAGCUCCUCUCCUUAGCUUCUCCCUGGCAUCCUCACUUGCUGCUGGCUCUGACAUCUAAUGCUUCAGGAUGAAGGACUCAGUGCAUGUGUCUUUGGGGCCAACUGCCUCCAUCAAGAUCAUCAACCAAGUCCUGGGCUGCAGCUGCUGAGGGAAGGGGCUAGCCUAGGGGCCACUGUGCAUAGAAGGAAGGCGACCGGUCCAAAGUGUUGUCUAUGUAAUAUUGAUUUAUCAUUGGAUCAUAGAUUUAAAACGGCAGAAACCUGAGAGGCCAUGUAGUCCUGAUUUUCAAAAUGGUCUGCCUUGGAUUCCCUCUGGGCUAGCGAGAGUGGGAAAGGGAAUGGAAAACUCAACUGUCACAGGAAGCCCCCUUUCCCUCCAGGAAAUUUGGGGAAUGACAGGAGCUUCAAGAUGCUGAAACUUUUCUCAAUGGUAUUUUCAUCAAAUAUUGUCUCCCCCUUCAAAACAAAACAAAACAAAACCCAACACAUUCCCUUCCCCUCCUGCCCUGUUCUGCUGAAGUACUUAGAAGAUCUUUACAUACUAUUUCCUACAAACUGGCAAAUAGAAACUGAGUCCCUAAAUGGGAUCAGGGAGAAAAGGGUGGUUUUCUUGUUAGGGACUAUGCAUCUCAUGGACUUCUUGGACAUGGGAUCCUCCAUGUGGCCUUCUGGGGACCUCCUCAAAAAUAGUAAUCCUGGGUAUUUUCAGCAUAAUUCAUAGUGAUUUCUGAGUCUGCUCCAUUUUUUCAUACCACAGCACUUGGCUGUCCCUUCUCAUCUCAACAAAGUUCUUUUCUUCUGGAGCUUCUCUCAGUCUUCCAAACCACGGUCUGUUUUUAGCUCAUGUCAAGUAAGUGCCCUUGUAAGUGGCUAACCCCAUCACACACCUUUUAAUGCUUCUUGUCUCCUUCCUGCUCCCACCUCUAUUCCUGAAGUCCUGGUCAAUCAUUUGCCCUAAAGUACACUAAAGUCAGAGAUUUAGAGCGGGGAAGGGACCUUAGAGAUCAAUUUAGUCCAGAUCAUCAUUUUUAAUUUAAGGAAACUGAGGCCCACGGGAAUCAAUUUGCCAAAAGUCACACAGGUAAUAAGGAGCAGAACUGGGAUUAGAACCCAGGUUCUUUCCAUGGUACCACAACUACACUGCUUAGGAACAGGGGCAGAUCUCUCUGAGCAGCAAGCACCAUGAUCUUACCUCUGUGUGUUUCUUCUUCUUGACCUUGUCUAAGUUUGGGAAGGAUUACUUUGCUAAAUUGUUUUGUGUGUGUGCCAAACCUGCUGGCAGAAAAUCAUCCCACACUGGUCCCAAGGUGUAACCCCUUAUUGACUAGAGAAGGGGGAGGUUGAGGGGGAGGAGAAGGUGAUGAAGGGAAGUGAUCUAAAAGCUAAUAUUCCUCCUAGGAGGGAAGAAUCCAGAGAGAUAGAUGGGGUUUGGGAAGGAAACUACUUGGUUGUUUUAGCUCUUGCUGCUGUUUGGUGCUAACUGACUGGCAAUUAGUCUGGUUGGUUCAUUUCUCCACUAACUGUGACUAUUUCUGGACCAAUCACACAUUCCUUAUAUUCAGGAGGGGAGGGGAGAAGGAAGAGUAUCAAGAAGAUAAUGGAAAACAUUCUUCCAAGACCUGUGAAUUGUGAGAUAUUUAGAAAAACAUUUUUAAAAAUGAAUGUGUCAAGUAGGCUUCUAGCCCUCAAAAUGAGCAUCCCAGAGUUCAUUCCCUGAGCCUUUUGGGUGCACUUUGCCAGGAUUGACAACUCCCAGUCAGGAAUUUGGCUGAAUGGAAUCGGUCAUUCCUGGGAGGGAAGGGCUUGGGGGAGAAGGGAAAAAGUUAAGAAAGGAUCUUUUGUGUUUACUGUUGUAAGAAACUCGUUCCGUUUUUGUUUGUUUUUAAAGAAAAAAGUUUGUAAUUAUUUCUCCAAAUGCCAUGAUAUAUAUCUGUGAAUAAGGAAAAAGUUUUUAUGCUGGCAAGAAAAUGUAUAUAUAUUUUAGUUGAUCAUGAAACAAGUCAAAGUUGUAAGUGAGGAUGUUCAGAAAUAGGAAAUAAUAAUGUAAAUGCCUUGGGGUUUUUUGUUUCUUUGCAUUGCACUAAUCAGGGAGGGAGAAUUAGGGGGAAAGGGGGAACUGUGGAAUAAUAGUUCAUAGCUGGCAAUUGGGAAGUCCUCUAGGGGUAGUUGAUAAUCCUGGGUUAGGAAAGUCGUUGUGACUGAGAAACUCUUUGCAUGCAGGUGGGGGAUUUCUCAGUCACAGCACACCCCAUUAAUGCCUGCAACCAAACAGAAAUGUAAUUUUGCCAAUAGAUUUUUUUCAAAUCAUGAUUUUUACUGCAAAUAAACAUACAUUCUUUUCUGCA